AUGGAUCAUUUGAUUCAAGUAUACAAUAGUUCUACACAAGUAUUGAUUCCAGUUCUUCAAAAGAGAUCAAAGGCAUCUUAUAUUACAGCCGCGAUUGCCUUAAUAAUCGCUCAACGACUGUACUCUUACUUUCGUGUACCGAAACAUCUACGUGGCUUCCCCAAGCUACCUUACUUUGGAAUAGCAAAGUCGUUGCUGACAAGAGAGUCGCCAAGAGAAAGAGUGAAGAAAUAUGUAUUACCCAUUAUUGAUGAAAACGAUGGAUUUUAUAUUAGUAAAAUUCCUUUUGGAUGGAUGCUCUACAUCGCUAAUCCUGUAGCAGCGAAACAACUUCUACUCAAAUCAAGCGGGUUUCCCAAGAAUCACGGACUGCUAGACAAUAUGGGGGAAAAUCUAUUUGUAGAAUUCAUUGGCAAAGAUAAUGUAGCUCUUUCUAAUGGAGAUACUUGGAAGAGACAAAGAAAGGUUAUGAAUCCUGCUUUCCAUCACUCUUUGCCUAUCAAAACCAUGUCUAAAGUUGUGUUCUCAUUGAUAUCAGCCAUCGAGCAAGCAAACGGUACAAUUCCGGUUGCAUCUGCCAUGCAGAAUUUUACUCUUGAUACACUUGGCCUUGCCAUCUUUGGCUUUGACUUUAAAGCAUUACAGGGUGAUCCGGACGAAUGGACCAAGACUUACAGAUUUGUAAGCGACUGUAUCUUUGAUCCUGUUAUCAAUGUCUUCAGCUCGUACUCUUUUAUCAUUGACCGUAUCUAUCCUAGACGACGAAGAGGCGCUAUAGCUACUAAAAAACUUAGUGAAAAAUUCUUGAAGAUUGCACAACAAAAACGCAAGGAAAUCAAGAGUGGUGCUUAUGCAGAUGUACCAGACAACGAAAAGGAUCUUUUGACGCUUAUGUUAGAGGCUGAAGAAAAGGGCGACACAUGGACAUCAGAGGACGAGCUUAGACAUAACAUUGCAAUCUUGUUCGUAGCUGGACAUGAUACCACUGCUCAUGCUCUAUCCUUCUGUUUCUAUCAUCUUGCAAAGAAUAAGGAUGUUCAACAAAAGCUAAGAAAAGAGGUACUUAGUAUUCUGGGUGAUAAGCCGGUUGAUGUAGUGCCUACAGUUGAGCAGCUAAAAAAUAUGCAAUACCUCAAUAUGGUCAUAAAAGAAAAUCUGCGUAUAAAUAGUCCAGCUGAUAUGCUAUUUUCACGAGAUGUUAAAGAAGAUACCAUUUUGGCCAACACGCUUAUUCCCAAGGGCACUGUUGUUACAAUCAAUAUAGAGGCUUUGCACUACAACCCCAGGUUAUGGCAUAAUCCGGACCAAUUUGAUCCUGAAAGGUUUGCUCCUGGCGGUGAACAUGAAAAGCAUGAAGGUAUGACUUGGUUACCUUUUAGUAAUGGAACCCGCCAAUGCCUUGGCAUGAAUUUCUCUCUGUUUGAGCAACGAUUGGUCAUUGCUAUGAUCUUGAAAAAGUAUGAGAUUAGCAUUCCGGAAGACUCCAUUCAUCGUGAUCAUAUUGUUAGUGAUAUACCAUUCAAUGGUGCGCCCAAGUCACUGAAGCUGACUUUUACCAAGCGUCAUUAAAUAAAAAUACAUGUUUAUUAUCAACUAUUUAUACACAUCAACAUCAACUUUCUUUCCUCUUCGUCUUCUUGUUCAUUUUCAAGAUAUGCCUUUAUCACCUCCCAUUCAUCGUCACUCCAGUCGUCUUGAUCUUCACUUUCCUCUGUGGUAUCCUUAUUGUCUUCAUAUUCAGAUAUGGAUUUUAUGAGUGAAAGGACUUCAUUGAUCUCUUUCAACGUCUCUUCUCUUGACUCUAUCAAUUCUUCAUGUUGAACGCUAUUCAACGUCAUUGAAACAAGAAGAGAAAGAAAGGGAAA